AUGCGUAGCUGGUUUUUAUUUGGAUUAUAUGCGCUGCUAAUCGCCGCAACAGUUGGCCAACCGCUGCAGCAAAAUGAGUCCGGAAAAACCGACGAGGAUAGCGAAAGGGGCGAGCGAGUGAGUCGCCAAAUUCCCUAUUUGGGUGGCUAUGGAAGUGGCUACGGAGGAUAUGGAGGAGGCUAUGGAGGCUAUGGAGGAUACGGAGGCAUUGGAGGAAUCGGAGGAUAUGGGGGAUACGGGGGCUAUGGAAGCUACGCCGGCAUACGCUCCUCACUUUAUCCCUACGGCAAUCUGUAUGGUGCCAGCGGCUUGGGACUGGUGGGCGGAUAUUAUGGUCGUCCUUAUGGUUAUGGCGGUGGCUAUAAUAUUGGAUAUCCGGGCAUUGGCGGCUUCGGUGCCACCGGCGGCGGCAUCUUUGGUGUUAGUCCAUUCUAA